GAAAAGAACAAGUGGGUCGGAAAAAAAUUGGUAAAAACAGGCUCUCUAAGGAGAUUUCUAUAUACUGAUGCGGUUUCAGUUUGGAGAUUGAAAACUUUGAAUAUCAUAAAACAACCUCUCCUUGAACUUACAGACCACGUACUCAACCCCAUUGGAGCCAAGCUAAGAAAGCUAAGAUCUUUCUCUCAAUUUUCAUUUCUUUUUAGCAUGUUCUAAACGGCGAAAGCUCAGCGACAGACCCCUUUUGGCCAUCUUCAGGUCUCUCUAACAGGGGAGGCUGGAACUGGUGAUAUAACUAUUUUGGCAUCAAAUUUUUAAUAAUUUUAAGCAGUUUUGUCAUUAUUGGAAGGUUCGAGAAACUGAGUUUCUUCUAGCUGAAAAGCAGCAGCUAGUUGCUGUCCCAUAAGGAUCUGUGGCUAGUGAUAGCAUACAUUAUACACAGUUCUGGUAAUGUCUACUGGUAUGUCUAGCCACUCCUAUAUUGUGUGGUCUGAAUUGGAGUCACAGAGAGGACCUUCCUAUAUUCUUGCUAGUGGGUGAGACAUUACCGAUUGGUCUCCUUCAAUUCUUGUCAUUGGCCUUCGUGUUUUGAGUUCGAUUGUCAUUAUCUUUGCCAUCCGAGAUGGUUAUGGAUAUACAAAUUGACAUUACAGUAUUUCAAAAUUUUUCUCACCCCUCUAAUUUCAAUUUUUCUUUGGAUUUUGACAGGUCUGGCCUUUUCCUCGGUAUUAUUGGGGUCUUUUUACUUCUUUCUAUGAAAUUGUAUGAAUGGGCUGCUAUCCCUCAAAGAAAGGUUACGUUCCUGGCUACGAAGAGCCUUCUGUUCUUGCUGCUGAAACACCUUUUAGUGUGAGUGAAGUUGAAGCCUUAUAUGAGCUUUUCAAGAAAUUGAGCAGUUCAAUUACUGAUGAUGGACUUAUCCAUAAGGAAGAAUUCCAGCUGGCACUCUUCAGGAACAGAAAUAGGAGGAAUCUGUUUGCAGACAGGAUUUUUGAUUUAUUUGAUCUUAAGCGCAAUGGAGUUAUUGAGUUUGGAGAAUUUGUUCGUUCAUUGGGGAUCUUUCACCCCAACGCACCUGUAGAAGACAAAAUUUCAUUUGCUUUUAGAUUGUACGACCUGAGACGCACUGGUUACAUUGAGCGUGAGGAGUUGAAGGAGAUGGUGUUGGCGCUUUUGCAUGAAUCAGAGCUAGUACUUUCAGAUGAUGUUGUUCAAACAAUUGUGGAUAAGACAUUUAGCGAUGCAGAUUCAAAAGGCGAUGGAAGGAUUGACCAAGAUGAGUGGAAGGAAUUUGUUUCAAAACAUCCAUCUCUACUAAAGAAUAUGACUCUACCAUACUUAAAGGACAUAACCUUGGCAUUUCCUAGCUUUGUGAUGAGCAGUGAAGUUGAAGAUCCAGAAAUGUGAGACUGAAAUUUACUUCAGGAAGGAAUCAAUAUAUCAUGUCUUGAGAUGCUGGUUGUUUCAAGUCAACUUCAAGGAAGCUAAUCUUGACCCUGAAAGAUUUCAUCUCUGAAUCAUACUACAAGAACUUGAUAAAUGAAGCAGAGCUGAAAAUUAAGUCACUACUCAAGCUUCAGCCUCUUGUUGCCACCCUCAAAUUCUCUACUUCUUCUCAAGUUCAAAGGCUACUAUAGAAAAGGUUCAAAAACAUUGCACGAACAUCACCAAUCCAAUCCAAUCUUCCAUUUUAUGUUUUUGCGGAAUAAGUAAAUCUUUGAGUAAAAGUUGAGCUAGAAAGAUCUCUAUGUAUAAGCUAUCCUCUCCCUUGAUAUGACAUGGAUUCUUCCAAGAAUCUUGAACCUCAAACUUCUUUCCAAAAAGGUUUUUCUGUUUUGAAAGCAAGAUACAAGAAAACAAACAUUACUAAAAUAGCAGCUUGCCCCAUAUUUUGUGAA